AUGGGAUGUGUUGGUAUAUUGAUUCUUCAACACGGCCCAGGCGUAAGCAAAUUCACCUCUGUCCAAAUCCAAUUCCCAAGCAAGUUCCGGUCACCAUCGACCUGCACAAUGGACGCCCGUCACGGCUUCACUCAGCCCGCCUAUGUCAGAUUUCUGAAGGAAAAUGAGCUCAAACUCCAAGCUGCCGAGUCUCGCAAGGGUCAGCGUCCGGAAAUGAUGCCCUCGCGCGACAUGACUAUAAUGCAGUUCGUGUUCCAGCAGAUAAUGCCUUCAAACAACCCUAUCAAUCCAAAUUCCGACGUGCUUCAAUCUUACCACCAGUCUAUGCCCCGUCUAUCUCCGCAUUGGAUACCCUGA